GCCCCGUCAAAACAUACAUGGCUUGAUACUGGACCAGAUAAUGUUUGUCUGUUAAUUGGGUCAAACGUUAGACUGCGACCUUAAUUACCUGGGCUUGGCUAUAGUCGCCGUAUUCGAUCCCGGCCUGAUGGAUUGCAAAAAAAAGUUCGGUCGGAUUUGUAGAUAUCACAUAAUUAUUCUAUAUUUUCAGACUCCAAUCUACACUGAAAUUGUAAAUUAGGAUUCUUACCAUGAACAUUUAUCGUUACUCAACUGCCUUAGUGCUACAUCAAUGACAGAUCAAGUCCAUGUCUGGCUAAGUCGAGUCACGUUCCUGCAAGUCAUAGUGCGGCCAGCACAGCCUUUACGCAGUACGCGCACCGAUGUGUCCCGGGAAGGCGCGGCAAUGCCAGAAGAUCAAGGUACUAGUAUUGGCUGUGGUGUUAGCUGGUGUAUUUUUUGUAGGGGCAGCGAAAGUUAGCAGAAAAACAGUAAUACAAUGUCAUCAGACUAUGUUUUUUUUUAUUGAUGCGCAGACUACAAGAACCAUGUUUACCUUUUGUCUUAUUUUGUUUUUCAAAAAAAAUCAUAAAAUAAUAAUAAAGUAAUAUUCAACAUUCUUUCUUGGAGUUCUCAUUAUCCAUAAAAGUAAAAAUCAAUAAAACAAAUCAACUCUAUAAUCUACCGAAACAGUGCGCUAAGUGAGGGGCGGGGUGUUAAUGGUGACAAAAGCUGAGCGGAAUUGACCUUUCUAAAAGCAACACUGCCUUCUGUUGCUUCCCUCUACGUUCGUUGGUCCACUAGAUACGCGCAUACAACUGAAGUACGCGCACGAAUUUGUAGGCAUGCCAACGAAACCAUGAACCGACACAAUACAUUCAGAGAUUAAUAGCAAAAUUGAGGUAAACUACCAGAUUAUGACUAUACUAGAUUCAAAUAACAGAAGCCCAAAAAUAUACAAACAAUGGGAUAGUGAUGUACCACAUUUUAAGAAUAAAACUCUUACUAAACAAUUGUCUUAUCUUUUAUCUUUAGUAAACAGAAUUGAAUUCUGUCAUUAAAAAACCAAUCUGCUAAUUUCACCACGAUUCGCCAUGAUUUAGUCGAGCUCAUUUUGUUAUCGAUCUAAGCUCCGCCCCUCACACAGAGAACAUUUUUUUAGUAGAUUGUAGAGUUGAUUUUUGUAAAUUUCCUAAUUUUUAACAUUUUUGCUUGAAAAUUUUAUACAUCAAAUAUUAUGUUUAAAAUUAUGAAACAUUUAGAUCUGUAAUUUUCCUAAAAUAUUUUGUUGUAAUGUUAACGAUUUUAUCACUUUGCAUAUCAAUUAUGAUCACGUAGAUCAGAGGUUGAUACACGUUCGCUAAAUGUCGCUGCACCGCAUUAAUGCGCCAAACUACAAGCGCCAAACGGUAUGACAGCGCCGGGCGUCUCGCUCGCCCCGGUCGCGCCGGCCGGUGUGGAGGUAGGGUACGGUAAUAUGCGGUUGGCUGGUUGCAUUUACUUUUGCAUGCAUGCUAACGCAAAUUCGUGUAAAAUUUUAGCAUGAAAAUAUCAGCUGUGGCAUAGACGUUCGCCCUUUGAUAGUUCACAAGUCAAAAGGUGUCGACUCGGGUGUUGGCUGGUGUAGUUUUGGUAGGGGCAGCGAAAUUUAGCCGAAGAACGGUACGACAUGUCAUCAGACUAUGUAUUUUUAUUGUUGUGCAAACGACAAAAAUCACGAUUACCUUGUGUUAACAUUAACAUUCUAAAAAUUAUAACAUUUAUUCUUGGAAUACUCAUUAUCAAUAAAAAAUAGUAAAAUUGAGCAAACGAAAAAAAAACCUCUACAACCUACUAAUAGGGCGGGGCUAAGAGUGGUCAAAAAAUCUGAACGGAGUGGACCUUCCUAAAAGCAAUACUGCAAAGUGUUGCUGCCCUCUACGUUCGUUGGUCACGCUUAGCGCCAGAUGAAUUAGUAGUAUCUUCCGAUGAUCAUACUGUCCAUGAUGAGGACAGUUAUGAUGAAUCGAAUUGUUCUUGGAAAACGGCGAUCAAUAGAAAUUCUAUCCGAUCGGCUAAGAAAAGGGCAAGGGUUAGGAGCAAUAGCGAUAGUACUCUAAAUACGAAGAACAGUAAAAUGCCUAAAUUCUCUACUCCCACUCAUUCAAGCAGGAGGGUAGUCAUUGUUGGCCUGGAAAAUAAGAAUAUUUGCAGAGCAAACCCAGUACAGGUGUUCAAAGAAAUUCAUAAUCUCGUAGGCAAUCUGAAUGGGAAAGAGAAAGUGAAAAAUAUGAUGAUUUUGAAAUGUGAGAAUGACACACAAGUCAUGAAAUUGUUGGAACUAACCAAGCUUGCUGGUAUAGACGUUAAAGCAACGCGUUAUGAAGAUAAUCAUGAUUUCACAACGAAAGGUGUUAUUCAUAGAAUAGAUACACAGAUAAGUAAUGAGGAAAUUGCAGAAGUAUUGAAAGAUCAGAAGGUAAUUCAUGCUAAGCGUUUUAUGAAGAAGAUCAAUGGUGAAAUAGUACCAACCCCAUCAGUUCUCAUCACCUUCAAAGGCAAGAAUAAAUCCGAGACAGUAAACUUUCUGUAUGAGCUUAAACGUGUGGACAACUUUAGUCCACCGGUGCCAAGGUGUCACAAAUGUCAACUUUUUGGGCACAUGAAGGAAAAUUGCAAGGGUAAACUGCGCUGUGUGAGAUGUGGAGGGGAACAUGAUUUUGAAGAGUGUACACAAAAGGAAAAUCGAAAAUGCUUUAGAUGUGGAGAUAAACACUCGCCUGCAUAUCAAGGUUGCAAAAUUUACAUAGAGGCAAAACAAAUACAAAAGGUUAAAUUGAAGGAAAACAUAACAUACGCACAAGCGACUAGGGUGUAUCGCACUCAAAACAAUGAAAUAGUAGAAGAAGCAAGUAAGACCAUUAGUACUAGCGACACUAAAGAAAACGCUCAAAAGAAACUAAAGAAUGUUGGUCCCAUUUCAAAUUCAAUGGCAUCUGACCACGAAUCAACCCAACAAUCAAAGAUUCCGCGCCCAAUCCGAGUACAAAGGAACAAUGAAGGAAUGCGGGAAAGAGAUAAGGAAUCAAGGCAAGGAAAGGAUUCGAAUAACAAAAAGAAAGAUUCUGUCAACACAUUAAUGAGUGUAGCACCCCUGGAUUUCAUUAUGUUUAUUCUAUUUGUGAUACGUAAGUUACCACAGUCUGAAAACGAUGAUCAGUUUUUGGAAUCUGUUGUACCAUGGACCUAUGAAGAGAUGGACAUUCAUCGCUUAGGUAAUGAAUUCACAAACAGGUGACGGUAAUUGUCAUCUGAAUAACAUUCUCUUCAUACUAGUCUUCUUUGGUCCUAUGAUCGUCACCGUGAGAAGGGACUGAAUUAGUUCGUUAUUGGACAUUUAUAUUUCACAAAUUAUAUGCGCAGUUGAUAGAAAAUCAAUGAAAUAAUGGAUAAUCGAUGUGCAGUUUUUGGUUACCUUUGUUAAUCUUAGUUCCAUGUGUUUUAUUUGGGGAAAUGUCUGCAUAUUUUGAUAUAGAGGCAAUAUUGCGAUUGAUUGUUUACCAUUUAAAAUUCAAUUUUCCCAAGUUUCUCCAUAAUAUUCCAGAUAUACGUGGCACAUAACAUUUGUAGAUCGUGUAUCUUUCAAUGUUAUUGAGGUCCUUAUGUGUGGGCGGUAGUUAGCGGAUCGAAUAAUAUCAUAUUUUAUAUCAUAAAAAUCGUCUGCUUCUCAAGUUUGCUGAUCCAUAUAUGAAGCAAAUUGACUGAAAGGCACAUACUGAAACAGGGGAUCAGCCAACAAAAGUCAAGACCGGGAAACUGUUCCGUCUUUGAGUGAUCAGAUACCCUUGGUAGUCAUGGUAAUUGCUAUUGUUACAACACCUGUAUGUUCUCAUUAAGAUGCGCAUAACCAGGUGACGGUGACUAUCAUUGGGUCAAAGAAAUGCUCGCGUUAAUCGUCCAUCUCUUCAUAGGUCCAUGGUCCAGUGGAAUGCUCAAGGCAUGAUUUCGCAUGGGUCGGACUUUCUAACUUCUCUUUUUGAUAAUAAUUUAUUGGGUUCCAACCCAGACAUUAUUUGUAUUCAGGAAACAUGGUUUAAUGAUUUUAAUGUGUCUUUCAUUCCUAAUUACUUUUGCGUUUGUAGAAACAGACAGGAUGGUAGGAGAGGUGGUCUGGCUAUGUAUUUCAAAAAGGACAUCGCUUUCCAGGUUAUGAAAGUUCAAGAGUUUAUCGAAUAUCAAAGGGUAGAUAUUUUUUCAAAGAAAGGAAUUAUUUCCAUUAUCAAUUAUUAUAAUCCCUGUAAAAAGAUUGAACUAGAAGAAUUAAACUUCAUGAUUAGAAAUGUGCCAGGGAAGCUUAUUAUUUUAGGUGACUUUAAUAGCCACAAUCCUCUAUGGGGGAGCAGCAAGCUUGAUUCGAACGGAAGAACUGUUGAAUCUUUCAUGGAGGUUAAUGAUCUAGCAUUACUCAAUGACGGAUCACCAACAAGACUAGACCCGCACUUUGGCUCUUAUUCCAUGUUAGAUUUAUCUAUUGUCUCCAAGGAACUAGCUUGUAGUAUGGAGUGGCGAGUAUUGACCAAUAACUUUGGCAGCGACCACAAUGCAAUCGUGAUGAAAUUAAUACAGACAAAUAACGCAAAUAUUAAAGGAGAAUGAAACCCUUGAAACCAGCUGAAUCCAUAUCAAAGAGAAAAAUCAAAGAAACAUAUUGUUGAAAGUUUGAGGAAGAUUGAAUGAAUAAUAAGAAAGUUAUGAGCAUUUGAAUAUUGAGAUCACUAAUGCCAUGUAGAUCCUCCUAUUGGCAAUGCGACCAAGAUCUGUGAUGUCACACACGUACAACUCCUUCAUUACUUUAGUACUUAUUUCACUUAUAUACUCACUUUUAUAGAGUAUAUCACAAGGUGAGGUGUUCUCUUUAUGAGAGGACAAGUACAGAGGUUUCACAACAUUAUAUCAUUGAUGAAUCGUUUGUCAUAUGAUUAGAAUGAGCAAAAAGAGAUGUUUUGGGGUAUAUUUUCAGUGUCCAAAAGGGGAGAGUUGUUCAUCUGUGACAUCAUAGAUCUUGGUCGCAUUGCCAAUGGGAGGAUCUCCAUAGCAUUAGUGAUCUUGACAUUCAAAUGCUCAUAACUCUUCUAUUGCUAGUCCUAUUCUACUCAAACUUUUGUUGAUCUUAUUCUUUGAUUUUUCUGCUUUCACAAAAGCUAACUUGCUCCAAGAGUUUCAUUCUCCUUUAAAGAAAACGCAGAUAUAGGUUGUAGAUGGAGUUUUAGAAACGUAAACUGGGAAGAGUAUAGAAAAGCAAUUAAAAAUGAAUUACUUAAUCUAAAUUACAAGAGACAUUACUCGGCAUGCAAUUUGGAUAUUCAAGGACGAUAUGAUAUAAUAGUUAAGGUAAUCUUGAAUGCUUCGAAGAGGUGUAUUCGUCGAGUGCGAAUAGGAGGAGAGAACAGAGGUAAAAUAACUCCCUGGUGGAACGAAGCAUGUCAAAAAAGCGGUGGCGGAGAGAAAUCAUAUUAAAAACAGAUUACGAAGAUAUUAUGAUGUAAAUGAUGUUCAACUAUACUUGAAAAAGAAAGCGUUUGCUCAGAAGGUGCAACGGCGAGCACGAUAUGACUAUUGGUCUAAAUACUGCGGUAAAAUGAAUAGAUUUACAGA